CAAGUUGUUGCAGGUCUACAUAUUUACUGGCUUAUUUAAAGUGUUUAUGGCAGCCACGGUGACCAACAGGCUAUCGUCUACCUGGAACUUACCUGUCCACACAGUGGAGAAGAGAAGGAUGUUGCAGAUGUACAUAUUUAUUGGCUUAUUUAAAGGUCUAACAGCUCUGGUACAGACACAGCAGACUGUGAUGGCAGCAGUGGGAGAAGAGGCUCAUUUAAACUGUCAGCUGAUGCAAAAUAAAGAUGUUGUUCAAGUCACAUGGCAGAAAGUUUCACCUGAGGGAGAGAAGAAUAUUGCCAUCCACAACAAAUACUUUGGUCCAAGAGUGAUUCCUGACUUUAUUGAUAAAGUGGAGUUUAAAGAUGAUGGACUGCAGAACAACUCCAUAGUUAUCAGGAACCUGACAGAGCAGGAUGAAGGCUGCUAUCAAUGUUUGUUCAACACCUACCCUGAUGGUGCUCUCACUGCUAUAACCUGUCUCCAGGUCUAUGAGCUGCAUGAACCCAUCCUACAUGUUAGAGAAUCAAACUCUCCUGAAGAGGCAGUUGUGUCCUGCUCGGCCACAGGUCGACCUGCUCCCACAGUAACAUUAAGAGUCCUGCAACAAGACCUCCACUUCUCAAACUACAGCUCUGUCAGUGUCACCAACACCAACGGUACAGUCGCUGUCACCACCACAGCUGUGCUGUCUGGUUACCGUGGCAACAGCACAGAGGUUGGAUGUGCAGCGCGAGUGCUCUCUGGUCCUCAGAUAGAGGUGUUUAUGAUGAUUCCUGAGGUCAAACAGUCGUCUGCUGAUGAUUCCACCUGGAUCAUUGUGUUGUCUGUGGUUGUGUGCUUUGUUGGUGUUGGUGUUGGUGUUUGUGUUUGUGUUCGUUUUCGUGUUCGUGUUCGUGUUUGUGUUGAAGUCAUCAUAUUGCUGCUCAUAAGAAAACAUCAAAACAGUCUGUCACACAGAGACCCUGAAGAGAUCAAUACAACACAAAAACCAGCUGAACUCAUUCUUGAGACCAAAGCACCUUCAAUGCAGCAAGAGAACGAGUUAAGGCAACGGAGAACGUCUUGUAGGAAGAAAAGUGACAACUCAGAAACAUUGUCUCCAACAGGAAGUUGUCUACAAUCGCUGUUUGACCAUAAUGAAAUGUUUAGUGACACAGAAUCCUUUAAGACUGUAGAGACAAAGUGAAGACAGAUAUGGUGAAAUAUGGAGACAUUUAUGAAAGAACCGACACUAAAAGACCUGUUUAAGAUUCAUCUUUCAGUUCAACACAGAGAAUAUAAACAAAGAUUAAUGUAAUCAGCAGAUUUUAUAUUAAUGUUUACUUUUUAUUAUUAUUUUUUGGGGGCUUGUAUUGCCUUUAUGAUAGUGACAGCUGAAGACAAACAGGAAAGGGGGGCAGAGAUAGAAGGGAUAACACUUUACUGUGUUCUUUAUAACCUCUAAUGAUUGUUUUUAUGUUUAAAUGUUGUGAUGUUUUUAACUUUGAUGCUGGAAAGACCUCUCAGUGUUAUUACUUUACUUUCUAAGAAGUAUUUUAACUUAGUAUUUGAAAUCUUGGUGUUUUAUAUGUUGAAAAGGUAUUCUGAGCUGCAUGUUGAGUGUAAAUGCAUUUAACGUAUAUAUGUAUAUGUAUUUUCUACAUGUAUUUUAAUAAAACAUUGUUUUUCUUUU